AUGCUUGCCAUUGCCAAGAGCUCCAUGGAGUUAGUUCUUGUCCUCUGUGCGGUGGCGACCAUGCUGGGUUACCACCUUCUCCUCCUAUACCGGAUCUUCUGGCGCCCGCACGCCACCAUGAUCGGCUACGAGAACCACAACAAGCUCGCUUGGGUCGAACGCGUGGCGCGGGCGACGACGGCGCCAGAGGAGGCCGCGCUGGCGCUGAGCGUGAUCUCCGACGGCAUCUCGGCGUCGACCACGCUGGCGUCGCUGUGCAUCGCGCUGGCCUCGCUCAUCGGCGCGUGGGUGAGCAGCAGCGCGUCCCCGGCGCUCACGUCCGGCGGCGGCGAGGCGGCGGCGACGGCGACGGCAAAGUACGCCUCGCUCCUGGCCUGCUUCCUCGCGUCCUUCACAUGCUUCGUCCAGUCCGCCGGGUGCUACGUGCACGCAAGCUUCCUGAUCAGCGCACUGGGCUCCGACGCGCCGGUGAGCCACGUGCAGAGCGCGGUGCUCCGGGGCGGUGGCUUCUGGGCCACGGGGCUCCGGGCGCUCUACCUCGCCACGGCCCUUCUCGUGUGGGUCGCCUUCGGGGCGGCUGCCAUGGUCGCCUGCUCCGUGCUCACCGUCGCCGUGCUCUACCUGCUGGACAGCAAUUCCGUGCCAGUGCACCGCCACCAGUUCAUGCUCCGAAGUAAAGGGCUGUCCGUGACGACGGCGAGACCGAUCGUCGUCGCAAGAGGAGAUGCAUCGUGA